GGGGAGGGAGUCAAACUCGGAUUACGUGCAUAGCACGAAUACUGUAAAAUAUAGGUCAAAACCAACAACGUCCGGAUUUAACCGAGGAUUAUCGCUGGGGAACAAAGCUGUGGAAUAUCUUGAACUUUAUCUCGCGUGAAAAGUGUUUGGAAUAUAAAGGAAAAUUAUCGGGAAUGGCACCUCCUUCCUCUCCGCGGUGUCGGGAGAUGGGAGCGACCAUGUUAGGGAGGUGAUGCCAAGGAAGUGCAGCAGCCUUACAACCUGCAAUCUAUUGAAGGUUCAACCAACACAAUGGAAACUCAUUACCAGUAGCAAAUGGAACAUUAUCCUUGCCUUGCUGGCGGACUUUGCUGAGAGUGAUAAGGCAAUGAGAGUGGUAUAAUGGCCAAAAACAAGGAGCCCCGUCCACCGACGUAUUCUGUCAGUGUAGUUGGGCUCUCAGGCACAGAGAAGGAAAAGGGCAACUGUGGUGUAGGAAAGUCCUGCUUAUGCAACAGAUAUGUUCGGCCCAGCGCAGACAGCUACUACUCGGAGCACACUUCUGUGUUGAGCACAAUUGACUUUGGAGGUCGGGUGGUGAACAAUGAUCAUUUCCUCUACUGGGGGGAAGUGUUACACAGAGGGGACGAUGGCCUUGACUGUCGAAUUCAAGUCAUUGAACAGACUGAAUUUAUCGACGAUCAAACCUUCUUGCCUCAUCGGAGCACAAAUUUGCAACCGUAUGCUAAACGGGCUGCAACUACAAAGCUGCAGUCCGCUGAAAAACUGAUGUACAUUUGCACAGAUCAGCUAGGCUUAGAGCAGGAUUUUGAGCAGAAGCAAAUGCCUGAUGGUAAGCUGAAUAUUGAUGGUUUCGUCUUGUGCAUAGAUGUAAGUAAAGGGUGCAAUAGAAAAUUUGACGAUCAGAUGAAAUAUGUAAGCAGUCUUUACUCGCAAAUUUCCAAGGCAAAAAAACCUAUUGUCAUCGCUGCAACAAAGUGUGAUGCCUGUGUAGAGCAAUACUUACGGGAUGUCCAGACUUUUGUUGCAAGUAAAAAGAAUCUUCUGCUGGUUGAAACAUCAGCUCUUUCAUCCAUCAAUAUAGACCUCUGUUUCAAUGCUCUAAUUCAGCAAGUAGACAAAACACGAAGCAAACCCAAAAUCAUCCCGUACUCAGAGGCUAUCAAAACACAGAGACAAUUAGUAAUCGCGGUCACAGCUAAGUUUGAAAAGCUUAUUGUGCGGACUGUCCGAGAUUACCACACGAGCUGGAAAGCUUUGAGCAACUCGUUAAAAAACCACCCCGACUAUGAGGAGUACAUUAAUUUGGAAGGUACCCGAAAGGCCAGAAACACCUUCAAUAAGCACAUUGAACAGCUGAGACAAGAACAUAUCAAAAAGAGAAGAGAUGAUUAUCUGUCCAAUCUGCCCCGGGUUUUUAACAAGUUGCUCAACAAUUUGGAGGAAAUUGAGAAUCUGACCUGGACGGAGGCUCAGAACCUCAUUAAAAGCAAGAAUGAGUUUCAGUACUACUUUGUAGUGCUGGAGCAAACUCCUUGGGAUGAGACGGAUCAUGUCAACAAAACAGAUGACAGGAGAGUCCCUUUUGACCUCCUGAAAACUGCAGAAGGAGAGAAGAUCUAUCAAAACCACGUCCAGCAUUUAAUAUCCGAGAAGAGACGGCUGGAAAUAAAGGAAAAAUUCAGGAAGACGUUGGAACGCGUGCAUUUUAUAAGUCCGGGCCAACCGUGGGAGGAGAUCAUGUGUUUUGUCAUGGAAGAUGAGGCAUAUAAAUAUAUCACCGAUGCUGAUCGCAGAGAUGUUUACGCACAGCAUCAGCAGGAAAUAGUUGAAAGGGCCAAGGAGGACUUUCAGGAAAUGCUCUUUGAGCAUGCUGAGCUGUUCUACGACCUGGAUUUAAAUGCCACCCCAAGCUGUGACAAAAUGAGCGAAAUCCACACUGUACUUAACGAAGAACCCAGAUACAGAGCUCUCCAGAAACUUGCCCCGGACAGGGAGUCUCUUUUACUGAAACACAUUGGGUUUGUUUAUCACCCUACUAAAGAGACUUGCCUGAGUGGGGCAGGCUGUGUGGAUCUAAGGGUUGAGCAGGUGCUUGCGAACAGAUUGGUUCAGCUUGACCAUAGUCGCCUAAAUGUGUACUACAACAGCUCCAAUCUUGAUAAAGUUAACUUGUGUCUUCUUGGAAGGGAUGGACUAGCUCAAGAACUUGCUAAUGAAAUAAAAGCUCAGUCGACGGAUGAUGAAUAUACCCUUGAUGGGAAGAUCUAUGAAUUGGAUCUUUUGCCUGUUGAUGUAAAUUCUCCCUUGCUUUCAAACCAUUCCUGGGUGUUCAGUUUCAAACCCCAUGGGUUCUUUUGUGUUUUCAGCUCUAUAGAGUCACUCAGUUACAUAGGUGAGCGGAUUAGUCGAAUCCGAGCUGAGCUAGCUCAGAGCCGAAGAGACAGAUUUGCCCAGCCAUUGCCAUUUAUUCUUAUCUUUGCAAGUCAGCGAGACAGCAUUUGCAAGAACAUGCCUAUUUUAAGGCAUCAGGGCCAACAACUUGCCAAUAAGCUACAGUGCACAUUCAUAGACAUGCCCUCUGGGACCUUUCCCCGAAAGUUUAACGAGUCUCAAAUAAAGCAGGCACUCAGAGCAGUCUUAGAAAGCCUAAAGCACAAUUUUGAUGGGAUAAGCCCCAUGCCCUCUAUUAAAGAUUUGUCUGAAACAGACUUGCGAAUAGUCAUGUGUGCCAUGUGUGGAGAUCCCUUCAGUGUGGAUCUCAUUCUCUCACCAUUUCUGGAUUCACAAUUCUGCAGUGCUGGCCAGCCUGGUCAGAGCAACACCCUGUUCCUCGACAAAAUAAUUGGUGACAGUCGCAGGCGCAUACAAGUCACCAUCCUAUCAUACCACUCAUCAGUUGUAAUAAGAAAGGAUGAAUUGGUGCAUGGGUACAUUUUUGUCUACUCAGCAAAACGAAAGGCUUCCAUGGCUAUGCUGCGGGCCUUCUUGGCAGAGGUUCAAGAUGUCAUUCCAGUCCAGUUGGUGGCCAUCACCGACAGCCAGGCAGAUUUCUUUGAGAAUGAAGCAAUCAAGGAGUUGAUGACUGAAGGGGAGCAUAUUGCCACGGAAAUCGCAUCCAAAUUUACCGCUCUCUACUCCUUGUCUCAGUACCACAGACAGACAGAAGUGUUCACACCCUUUUUUAACGAGGUUCUUGAAAAGAAGAACAGUAUAGAAAGCUCCUUUAUGUUUGACAACAUACGGGACGUAACAGGUACCAGUGAGGACGUCUUCCCUCAGUCACCUCACAGCCAUUCUCCAGCCUACACCUAUUAUGCUGACUCUGAAGAUGAUGCAGAGGGACCACCACCUUACAGCCCUAUAGGAGAUGAUGUGCAGCUGCUUCCCACUCCUAGUGAGCGAAAGUAUAAAAUCGACCUUGAAGGGAAUGAGUACCCUGUCCACAGCACACCUGUAGGUGAUCACGAACGCAACCACAAAGUGCCUCCCCCAGUGAGACCUAAACCUGUGUUGAACAAGCCUAACGUUAAGAAGCUGGACCCCAACCUUCUAAAGACGAUUGAGGCUGGAAUGAGGAACAGCAGGAGGCCACGGGGCCCAAUGGGCCACAGUGAAGACCUUGAAGUGUCUGACAAUUAUGCUGAGCCAGCAGAUACUCUCAGGUCAAAGGGGUUCAAUGACGACAUUUAUGUUGUCCCAGACGACACUCAUGGUAGAUUAAAGAUGCGCAACUCAUGGCAUCACGGUCUUUAUGGUGACGAGGAGAAUGGCUUUGAUCGCACAUCAAAGUCUCAGGGUGGCAGAAGACCAUCUAAAUACAAACAUCGGUCCAAGAUCCUUUUCAGCAAGACAAAAGCGUACCACAGACGAGUGCACUCUGAUGUAAGCGAUGAUGAAUCAGGACCAGCAGUGCAAAAGAAGAAAAAAGGCAGGGGUAACCGGGGCAGUGAAGAGGACCCAUUACUUUCGCCGGCGGAUCCCUGGAAGGGAGGAAUAGACAAUCCAGCCAUCACCUCAGACCCUGAGCAGGAAGAGAAAAAGCUGAAGAAAAAGAAAACAACAAAAAACAAGGAACCCAAAAAGGUAAAAACAAAGGUUCCAAAGCCCUUGUAUCCACCAACUCGAAGAAACUGGGAAAGCAACUACUUUGGUGUGCCUUUGCAAAACUUGGUGACUCCGGAGAGGCAUAUUCCAUUGUUUAUUGAGAAGUGUGUGGACUACAUUGAACGGACAGGUCUCACUACAGAAGGCCUGUACCGUGUGAGCGGAAACAAGACGGAUCAAGACAACAUUCAGAAACAGUUUGACCAAGACCACAGUGUGGAUUUUUAUGCCAUGGAUAUAGCUGUGAAUGCUGUAGCUGGUGCACUAAAGGCUUUUUUUGCUGACCUUCCUGACCCUCUGAUCCCCUACAGUCUUCAUCCAGAGCUUGUUGAAGCAGCUAAAAUCGUGGAUCACAUUGAAAGACUGCAAGUUCUGAAGGAGAUAGUGGGGAAAUUUCCUCCUGUGAACUAUGAAGUUUUUAAAUUUGUAAUUACUCACCUUAACAGGGUGAGCCAGCAGAGCAAGACAACGCUGAUGACGGCUGACAAUCUGUCCAUUUGCUUCUGGCCCACACUCAUGAGGCCUGACUUUGAGAACAAGGACACACUUUCCACCACCAAGCUAAACCAGUCGGUCAUCGAAAGCUUCAUCCAACAGUGUCACUACUUCUUCUACGGCGGCGACAUCAUCGAAUCUGCCAAUUCUGCAGGCUCGCCAUCUUCACAUGGGCACACCACACACUCCGGGCACAGCAUGGUGACGUCCCUGCUGGCACUGCAGCUCCCUCCUCCACUGCAACCGCAGCAGAUUCAGCACCCGCUACCUUCAGAUCCCCUUAUUUAACUUUCAUCCACCAGUAGUGACAUGACUUGGCCCGUGUUAGGCUUUCAAAAUGGGAAAAGUUGAUGCUUAUUUUUUGGUAAAUAAAUCACAAAUCUGCAAUUCAUUUCCCUGGGGGGAAAGAGGAAUUCGAUCGAAUUGUACUGCAGGUUUUGUUUUGUAAUGUGGUGAACUUGGCAAGCCUGCAGAGUGACUGCAAAUAUGUGAGGAAGACAUAUUUAUACUACUUUUAUUUUGGAAAGACAAUUGAACUGUCAAUCACUCACUGAAGUGUACACUACAUGCACAAUCUAUUUUAAUGGCUUAAUCUUGUCUUGUUUUUGUCUUUGUUUUUUGUCUUUUAAAAGGGACUUUUUUUGUAGAAAUUACUUUCUUAAAAAAAACAUUAUCAUGUGGCUAUCGAGUCCCAAGGCCAUGUGACAUCCACACAGGUGCGCAGGAGCUGGCAUAUCCACCAGCAGUAAGACUCGCUACCCUCACAGUCUGAAAGCCACAGAAGGGAAAACCCACUGGAACUCUCGGGCACAUGACUUGUACUCUAUUUCGUUUCCAUUUUUUACUUGCUGUCAAAAAUGUGUUCCUUUCUGAACCUGCAUGUCAUUUGCCACUUUUAUUAGCUAAAAAAGAUAUACGAGCUUGUUUUUAUGCAAGAUUUUUUUUAAAACUCGACUUAUUUGAGGGAACAUUAAACUGGGGUAAAAUGACUUGUUUUAUCAUUCAUAGGUUAAUUUUUAAUAUCAUAUUUUAUUUGUAAUUGUUUCCCUAAAUAGAGGAGAUAUAAAUAUAGAUAUAAAUAUAGAUAUAAAUAGAAUAUAUAUAUAUAUAUAUAUAUAUAUAUAUAUAUAUAUAU